AAAAACAGGUUGUUGAUGUUUGAGCAGUCGACAGUGAAUUUGAAAAUGUAGACUCAAUAAUAUUUUUGGUGUAAAAUUUAAAAAUAUUUGUGAAUGAGAUGCCACAAUCUGAGUUGCCACCAGAAAAUCUGGACAAUUUAGAAGUAAAAGAGAAAAGUACAAAUACAAAUACAAAAUUUCCUCGAGAAACUUGUUGCCGAAUUUGUCAGACUGCAAUAAGCACUGAAAAAUUAAUUUCGCCAUGCCUCUGCAAGGGAAGUAUGGCAUUUGUGCAUUUAUCGUGUUUGGAGCGCUGGCUAAACCAGUCUGGCAGAGAUUCUUGCGAAUUGUGCACAUUUCGAUACGAAGCUGAACAGACAAGACGCUACAGUUUAUUGGAAGGCUUGAGGAUUUGGUUUCGACAUCCAAGACACUUGUCUCAACUGAAAUCAGACAUUAUGAUGGCAUUGGUACUGACAGGAGUUACUGCCAUUCUGGUAGGAAUCUCUCUGGGUGGUAUGAAGUAUUUUGUUCUAGAAGGUCAUCGUUUAGGCAUAUCUUAUGUGUGGACCGAAGGAGUCAUUUCGUUUUUCUUAUCAGUGAUUAUAAUUGGAUACAUCACAACAAUCUAUGUGAUGUUCAGAGACCAUAUGUUACCUUGGUAUAACUGGUGGAAUAAGUGUGUGAACGUGCGUCUGGUUCUGGACAUGGAACUAGUUCCUGUACUUGAAGACGAUUACUUCUUGAGCAGUUCGUGCUCGGUCAGUUUCCUAGACUUUCCCGGCUCCUCCACUGGACUCAGAUGCAAACAAAACGACAACAGCAAAGAAAUGAACAACAAUAAUUUUGUCAACGGAAUCAGCCAAGACGCUGUCAUCCGUAUACCGGACGUUGACAGUACAACCUUCACUGCCAACCAAAAUUCCACAACACAAAGAAACAACGACAUAGCACCAGUACUGUCGCAAAUUAUCACAAAUCUAUUCGAAAAUCAAGCUGUGGCUGCACAAACUGCAAUUCAGACAAAAGAUUCGGAAAAAGAUUGUGAUCAACUAGGCAUCGAAAUCCAAAAUACAUUAAGCGUUAUCUCAUCAAGACAAGUGCAGGACGUUGAAUCCAACGAAGGGCAAGAUCGUAGAUUUGAUAGUAAAUAUGAAUUUUAGUAAUGUAUUGGUUUUUGGAGGAUUAAAUAUUCAACAUUGAGAAAUUUUAAACAAUUAUUGAUAAGUAACAGCAAUGUUGAAAUAAUAAGUUAAUUACUCUCGAGGUGGAUGAAAUUUUAAUUCCUCAAAUGAAUUCCUGAUUAGUUUGAAUUAAUUUUCAAGAUCAUAAACAGUAAUUUUGAAUAAGAGUAUAUUAGUCAAUACAAUUUUGAUUUACAUUAGAAUUAUUAUGAAUAUUGCAUUUCGAGAAAUGGAAAUUGAUGUGAUUAGUAAAUUAAUUUUGAUAGUUUGUGUCAUUAAAUUGAAUGAUCUAUAGUGUUUUUCAUAAAAUACGUAGAGAGAUAAAGAAGAUACAUUUAUUAAUGAAUAUAAUGAGUGUGAUUAUGCAUGAUUGUUCUGCUUUUGCAUGAUUGUUCUGCUUUAGCUAUACAUUGAUUUUUUUCUUAUUCAUUAUAUUGCUCAAAAAAUCAUACAAAAAUUAAGGAGAAAUGAAAUGCAAUGAAUAUAUUGACUCGUACCUUUAUACGUUAUUAUAUAAUUACGAUAAAAAAAUUCAGAUUAUAUUUAUAUCACCUAUUCAGAAUGGAACAGUAAACUUCUUUCAAAUUGAAAUAUUCAAUACCUUUUAGAAAAUCGAAAUAAUUUUAUUCAUCUAAAAAUGGGACGUUAUUAGAUUGAUCUGAGAAAAAAUGUCAGUAAAUUGCCAGAAGUAAAUUGGCUGUCUGAAAGAGUAAAUGAACGAAAAGUUGAAGAAUUUUUCUUUGUCAGCACAUUGAAGUAGUGAAAAAUUUCGAAUUGCUCCAGUGCGAAAAGUUGGAAGGGAAGUUGGCGUCUACUUUUGAAGACGAAUUUGAAAAAGGCGGUUCGAUCUGAACGGAGUGUCGAUUCAUCAUAACAUAAUGGAAAAGUUGUAGACAGCUUCCGAUGGUGCUAUCUAUCAGAGCCAGAACCACGCUCUUCUGCUCUUUCUCUUGCAAACUGCCAACAUCAUGAACUUUUAUACAAUAUUUUUCAAGGAGCAACCGGACUCACAAGGGUCAGAUUGGAUAGAAUAUUCUUUUCACAUCACAGAAUGGAAUAAAUCUCGUUAUUUGAAGUCGUUGAACCAAUAAGAUAGAAUAGAAGGCUGUCAAUUAUUGAAAUAGGAAAAACAAGGCAGAGUAUAUAGCUGUGAUAGAGUAUGACACAUGGUUUUCCAAAAUUAUUUGAGCUUCUUAUUCCGAGAGGAACUAUCUAUAGCUGUUGUUCCACGAGUAUAAUAAGCAGAGAAUGUUUAAUACUUACUUUAAUGAUGUAAAUGGGAGGAAUUAAUUGUCAAAUUCUUCAAGUAUAUAAUAUUUUCUAGCACAUUAGUUUAUUAAAAUGUUUUAGUGGGAAACAACUCAUCAAUCUUGCUUGGAAGGAAAAUUUUGAAGCCUGAUAUUAAUUUGAAUAUAACCAUUAUUAUUAUUGAUUGAA